CGACACUAAUGAGGGAAAGAAACUUCUGUACAUUGACGACCAUUACCCAAAACGACGUCGCCAUGUGGAAAGAAAAAGGGUUUCGUUUCCAUUUGGGCAAUCAAACACCAAACAACAAAAUGGGAAGGAGCGACCUUAUAUACUUGAUUUGAUUUGAUGGCCGUAAGGCCUCUUCAGUUCAUCUCGUCUCUCCACCACCACCGUCGCCUCUGCUCCCAAUCCUCUCUCCUACGCCACAUCUCAGCCCGAGCUCACACUCCGCCGCCACUUUCCCCCCUAAUUCAGCAGUUAAAAUUACUCCAUUACCAGUCAAAAGAAAAGCCGCAGUUGACCACCGCUAGGCGCAACCCCGUCGUACCAGUUCCGGAUAAUAUGGCGCAGAAGAUCGGGAAAGCGAUUAGGCGGCCUGGAGCCCCGUCCAAAGCGCGGGUCUACGCUGAUGUCAAUGUCAUCCGCCCUAGGGAGUAUUGGGACUACGAGUCUCUCACUGUGCAGUGGGGUGAACAGGAUGAUUAUGAAGUGGUCAGGAAGGUGGGAAGGGGAAAAUACAGCGAGGUCUUUGAAGGUGUUCACACCACCAACAACGAGAAAUGCGUAAUUAAAAUUCUUAAACCAGUCAAGAAGAAAAAGGUCUAUGAAAUGCUUGUGAUAACCGAGACAUGGAUGAACAUUUCUGGUUGGGAACUUGUACUUUUUGCUGUUUAUGAAUUAGCCAAGCAAUCGUAUUACAUCUUCUCCUUUCUCUGGUACUUUCAAAACGCGAUUAUAGGUGGGGCAAAUAUUUCUUUUGAGGGCAAAGAAGGGAAGAAUAAGCGAAAGCAGAAGUGCUCCUCUUUCCACCACAUGAACCCGAAGUUCAUGCUGGCUUUAGAUUAUUGCCAUUCUCAAGGGAUCAUGCAUCGGGAUGUGAAACCCCACAAUGUGAUGAUAGAUCACGAGCAACGAAAACUUCGGCUUAUUGAUUGGGGACUCGCUGAGUUCUAUCAUCCUGGGAAAGAGUAUAAUGUCCGUGUUGCUUCUAGAUACUUUAAGGGCCCUGAACUUCUUGUUGAUUUGCAAGACUAUGAUUACUCGUUGGACUUGUGGAGCCUGGGCUGUAUGCAUAGCAGAAAACCAUGGACAAAGUUUAUUAACUCGGAUAACCAGCACGUGGCUGUUCCUGAGGCGAUCGACUUUGUUGACAAAUUGUUGCGAUAUGAUCAUCAGGAAAGGCCAACUGCAAAGGAAGCAAUGGCCCAUCCUUAUUUCAACCCGGUAAGGAAUGCAGAAGGCCGCAGAAACCGUGGCCAAUAGGAUUUGAGCAUUGUGCCUUUGAGUUAUCGAUGCUUACGUCUUCUUUCUCAAGUAAAACUAGUCAUAAUCAUUUAUACUUUUGAUUUAGUUGUCUUGCCCUCUGUCUUGUGCUUAAUGACCCAUUUCAUCGGUUCAUGUUUUUUCAGAUUUCACUCUGAAUCUCAUAUUGCUUUUCCAGUGCUAUAUGCUGGUGUAGUUGUAGAGAUUGAUGGUUUGUUGUAACGAUUUUUGUUUCUGAAGUUAAAGAUCCGCUUGAGGAAAGUGCAGAUAUUGGAGAUUUAUAAGAUAAGUGUGAAGUUUAAUCUCUUUGAUAACCUUUGUGAGUCAUCCUUAUGUCGUUAUAUGGAGAACAAAUACUCAGAAAAAAUUAAUGAUGUUUUUAGCAUUACUACAUUUUAAUAUUGUGUAUUGGGCUGAGCUAUAUUAGAAGUAAACAGCUAAAAAGAAAAGAAAAUGGGGGGAGAGAUAAGUUGCCUAUUUUGGGAAAUGAUGAUGUUACCCGUUGUGUUACUUUCUUCGGGUCUAUGACUGCAAUAUAAAAUAAGAAAACUGGAAAUUGAGAUGGUCCGGUUGUCGAGUUGAGACCCUAGGUGAGGUUAGGGGCGGAUUUGUUGAUGGAACUGAAUCAGAGUGAGGUGCUAGAGCUUCAUGGAUAUUGACUGGUGUUUUUCGUGGUUUGGAGGAGAUGAAUGGUGAAGAUUGAUAAAAACAGAUGGGUUCAAAUUUUAUUGUUAUUCAUGGAGCUCCGACAGGUGAAAAAAUACGCACAGGUUAGUAUAGUUAGGUAAACUGAAAAUAUGAUUCCUGUUGGCUAGUGAUUGUGAGGCCCCCCAAUUCUUGACUGGAAGGGACACCAAAGGCCUCUGCCCUUCCAUCCCUUGGAUAGAUUGAGGG